CGAAAUUCGGCUCUAAGAAAAGAAUAAAGAAUAUACAGAGAUCAUAUUCGGAGUGAAGAGUUUUCGAAAACGACGACGACGAAGAAGAAGAAGAAGGUUCUAGAAGAAAAUGGUGUUGUGGGAAAUAACGUUGGGAACAGCGUACUUCUUGGGUCUGAAGCGGACUUACAGGCUCGCCUUGAAGAUCCAGCGUCGGAUAGUCGGACCUAAGCAUCCUAGGAUCCGACAGUUUCUGCACCGGAGAACUCGUCAAGUGUUUGAUGUGGCACUUAAUGUCCACAAGAGCAUCCAGGAAAGAGACAUAGAAGUUGGUCGGAACCUGGGCAACUGGAUUCUCCGCUGGCUUGAUCGAAUGAAGCCUGAGGCUCAUAUCCGUGCUCCACCCGAGCAACUACCAUGCCAUACUAACUCAAGCACUGACAAGGCAAAGAAAAUAUCGGAAUCUUCUCAUCUCAAAACAUCCAGGAACACGCAAUCUCCACAGAACCGUGAAUCUGACAGGCUCAUGUUCGUGUCUUCGAGGAAACUUUGGCCCAAAUCCUUCCCUACUGUCUCCAUGAUGAUUCGACCGCCAAGACCCACCGGAACCAUGAAUCAGUACAGGCAUCAUUACAUCAUGAGCGAGGCCAGUCUGGUCAAACCGAGCUUCACUACAGGCGGGCUCGACAGUGUCAUCCGCAAGGACAUUUUCCAGUGGAUGGCUCAGAAAUGAAAGCUUCAUUCACAAUCACUGAAGUCCUGAUCUUUUUUUCUUGUUUGAACUGUCGUGAUGAUAGACAAUUGUUGAAUUCCAAGUUUUCUGCUCUCAUUCAAAUUUCAGGUCCCUUUUCUUUUUUUU